AUGCCGACGAGGACACGGCUGCCGGUGGUGCUGCUCCUGUGCCUUGAGUCCGUGGUGGUCCUCGGCGCCCUGGCGCUCUUCGGCAUCGCGUACCCCGACCGCUUCCGCUCGCGGCUGUGGCGGAACGGCGGCGAGGAGGGGUGGUGCUCGAACCCGCGACUGCGAAUAUAUUUUUACGCAAACUACGAGGAACCGCCUGAGAUACCCCUCAUAUGGAGCCAACGCCUCACAACCUCCAACGCCGCGACAGCCGUCCUCUCCCUCGCCGUCCUCUUCGUCCGCAUCACGAUCGCCGCCCUCCACUACGACGCUCGCUGGACGAACACCGCCUACGACGCCGUCCUCGCGGGCCUGUGGGCGUGGAGUGCCGCAGCGCAGGGCGGUGCAGAUCUGACGGACCCGGAGCACCUGAUGCCGCGGCCGUGGUACCUCGUGCGCGGCUGCGAGAAGGCGUGGAGGGGGAACAGGACGUGGUGUAGGGUUGCAAAGUGGGAGUAUGGGUGGGCGAUAAUGGCUGCGAUAUUCUACAUUGCGAAGAUUGUCGGGACGGCGGGGUGGAUGGUGUACGAGAAGGGUAAGAGGGAUGCGUCUCGGGAGGAAGAUCUGACGAAGAUCUGGAGGAGGGAGGGGGGAGGGUCGUACAAGGACGAUGCGGAUUGCUGUUCCGGGCACGAUUCGGUCGAGUUGACGUCGUACAGAUCGUAG